UUGAACAGCAUCUGUCCCAGCACAAUGGGGCUGGACUUCGAUGUGAAGACCUUCUGUCACAAUCUACGGGCCACCAAGCCCCCUUACGAGUGUCCUGUUGAGACUUGUCGUAAGGUCUACAAAAGCUACAGUGGAAUCGAGUACCACCUCUACCACUACGACCAUGACAACCCGACUCCUGCGCAGACUGUGCCCCAGAAGAAGAGGAAGGGACGACCUCCUCGCGCCUCGUUGGCCGGGUCGGGGGAUACAGACGAGGGAGAACGUAACGUAAGUGGCGGUCCGGGGCAGGGAGGGAACACACCUGGAAGCCCCAACCACUCGGAACACUCUCACUCCCCGGGCAGAGAGACAAUGACCUAUGCCCAGGCGCAGCGUAUGGUGGAGCUGGAGCUGCAGGGGCGUAUCCACCGCAUUAGCAUCUUCGAGAACAUCGACGUGGUGUCAGAGGAAGACAGUGACGCGGACGACGCUCCUCCAUCUGGUACCGGAGGGAGCGGUGGAGGAGUGUGUAACGGUAGUGAUGGAGGAGGUAGCGAGGUAGGAGGUAGUGGCAAGGACCGCCAGGAUAUGCCGUCUUCUAAUGGGGGGAAAUCCACCCCAAAGUCUGGGAAGCAUAAAAGUAAAGAGAAGAAGAAGGACGGCUCGUCUCAUCAUCACAGCUCUCAGUCCGGGCCUGCAGUCAAGCUGCCUGAGGCGGUCUUCAGAGAGCUGGACCAAGAGAGACCGGAUGCACCUCCUCGGCCUUUAUCCUACUACAGGUAUAUUGAUAAGUCCGUCGAGGAGCUGGAUGAGGAGGUAGAGUAUGACAUCGAUGAAGAGGACUACAUUUGGCUUGACAUCAUGAAUGACAAGCGGCGGCGGGACGGUGUGACACCCAUCCCUCAGGAGGUCUUUGAGUACCUCAUGGACCGAUUGGAGAAGGAGUCCUACUUUGAGAGCCAUAACAAGGCGGACCCCAGCACCCUAAUCGACGAAGAUGCUGUCUGCUGCAUCUGCAACGAUGGAGAAUGUCAGAACAGCAAUGUGAUCCUGUUCUGUGACAUGUGUAACCUCGCCGUGCAUCAGGAGUGUUACGGUGUGCCCUACAUCCCAGAGGGCCAGUGGUUGUGUCGGCGCUGCCUGCAGUCGCCUAGUCGAGCUGUGGACUGUGCUCUGUGUCCCAACAAGGGAGGCGCUUUCAAACAGACAGACGACGCACGCUGGGCCCAUGUGGUGUGUGCCCUCUGGAUCCCAGAGGUCUGCUUUGCUAACACAGUCUUCCUGGAGCCGAUUGAUAGCAUCGAACACAUUCCUCCUGCUCGCUGGAAGCUCACCUGCUACAUCUGCAAGCAGCGCGGGUCGGGUGCCUGCAUCCAGUGUCACAAAGCCAACUGUUACACCGCCUUCCACGUCACGUGUGCCCAGCAGGCGGGCCUCUAUAUGAAAAUGGAGCCCGUCAGAGAAACCGGGGCCAACGGCACCUCGUUCAGCGUCCGCAAGACGGCGUACUGUGACAUCCACACGCCUCCGGGAUCAGCGCGACCCCUGGGAGGCGUUGGCGGCGCGAGCAUGGGUUCUUCUCACAGCGAGGGCGAGCUGGAGGAGGACGACGAGCCCAGCAUCGGCCAUGACGACGAUUCAAAGGGCUGGAGCUCUGAGCGAGCCAAGAGGGCGAAGGCCAAGUCGAGGCUGAAGAUGAAAAGAGCGAGGAAGAUCUUAGCUGAGAGGAGAGCUGCCGCACCGGUUGUGUCUGUGCCCUGCAUCCCUCCCCACAGGCUGAGUAAAAUCACCAGUAACUUGACAGUACCCAGGAAGAGCCAGUUCAUGCAGCGACUGCACAGCUACUGGACGUUAAAGAGGCAAAGUCGUAACGGCGUUCCUCUGCUACGCCGGCUCCAAACGCAUCUACAGUCGCAGCGGCAUAUUGACCCUGUCCCUCCUCAACCUCCUUCACAGCUCCCUCCGUUGCCGCCUCAGAGGGACAGUGAGGAGAAACAAUCGGCACUGAAGGAGCAGCUGAAGGCGUGGCAGAGACUGAGACACGACUUGGAGAGGGCCAGGCUACUGGUGGAGCUCAUCCGGAAGAGAGAGAAACUCAAGAGGGAGACGAUUAAAGUGCAGCAGAUGGUGCUGGAGAUGCAGCUGACUCCCCUCCUGGUGCUGUUGAGGAGCACGCUGGAACAGUUGCAGGAGAGAGACACAAACAACUUCUUCACUGAGCCUGUACCGCUGGCAGAGGUGCCUGACUACCUGGACCACAUUGACACUCCAAUGGACUUCCAGACUAUGUGGAACCUGCUGGAGUCCCAUCGCUACCUCACUUUUGAGGCGUUUGAGGCUGACUUUGGCCUCAUUGUUAACAACUGCCUCAAGUACAACGCUAAGGACACGGUCUUCUACCGCGCUGCCCUGCGGCUCAGAGAAAUGGGCGGGGCUGUCAUUAGGACUGCCAGGCGGCAAGCUGAACGGAUAGGCUUCGACUACGAGACCGGCAUGCAUCUCCAGCGAGAGCCGAGCCCAGAAAGUCAGCGCGAGCAGGAGAGAGACCGAGAGAGGGAGCGGGAACGAGACAGAGAGCGGGACAGGGAUCGAGAAAGAGAACGACUGAUGUCGUCCAACGAAGAUGCAGCCUCUAUCUCUCCCCCGCCCCUCUCAGAGCUCCUCCUGAUGGAGAACAGGCGACGGCUGCCGCUGGAGGAGCAGCUGCAUUACCUGCAGACGCGUCUCGAUGAGGUCAGCUCGGGAAAGCACAGCAUUGGUCAGUCGCGUAGAGCCAAAGCUCUGAGGAAAGAAAUCAGUGUCAUCAAAAGGAAGCUCGCACACCAGAGGGAGGGAGGCUCAGGACUGGGGGGCAGGGAGUCUGUGGGAGGAGGCGACCGCGGCUCUUCUCUCCCCCAUCACCCAUCUUCUGCAGGACACCUUGACGAAGGGGGAGAAAGCAGCAGCCAGGAGAUCGGAGGAAAAGACCUAAAUGUGUCUGCCCUGGCUCCCGAGGUGGGCCGGCGGACAUCUGUCCUCUUCUCCAAGAAGAACCAAAAAAUGGCUGGACCCCCCAAAAGGCCAGGACGCCCUCCCAAGAACAGGGAUGCUGGGUACGCCGGGGCAGGUGUGAGUCAAAGCCCCAUUGGUCCCCCUCAGCUUCCCCUUUUGUCCUCGACCAGGCAGAGGAAGAGGCCGCGCAGCCCCCGCAGCAGCUCCAGCUCUGACAGCGACAGUGACAAUGACGACCUGCUCCCCGGUUUGCCCAGUAACGGUUUUGAUGGCGGUAACCAGCCUGUGACAGAGAGCUUCCGUGUGUACAGAAACGACACCCGUCUCCCUCGUUCCAGCUCGGACUCUGAGUCCACAACCAGCAGCAGCAGCAGUGCAGCUUCUGACAGAACCAGUACGACUCCCUCUAAGCAGGGCAGAGGAAAGGCCUCGUUCUCUCGCUCCGCCUUCCAGGAGGACAGCAGUGAGGAGACGUCGGGCACUGAAAAUGAUUCCUACUCAGUCGGGGGAUCGCGGAGCGUUUCACAUUUGGUGCGCGGUCGAGACAGGUCAGGAUGCUGGAUGACUUCUGAUGACUAUUCUUCUCUUGAAGCUCUGGAUCUGGUGUGGGCCAAAUGCAGAGGCUAUCCUUCAUAUCCUGCACUGAUAAUUGACCCGAAGAUGCCGAGGGAGGGAGUGUUCCACCGUGGUGUCCCAAUCCCCGUCCCCCCUUUGGAUGUGCUGAAACUAGGAGAGCAGAUGACCCAGGAGGCGAGGGAGCACUUGUUCCUGGUCCUUUUCUUUGACAACAAGAGAACCUGGCAGUGGCUGCCGCGCUCGAAGCUCGUGCCGCUAGGUGUGGACCAGGAGCUGGACAAGGAGAAGAUGCUGGAGGGCAGAAAAUCAAACAUCCGCAAGUCAGUGCAGGUGGCCUACCACCGCGCCAUGCAGCACCGCAGCAAGGUGCAGGGAGACCCCAGCAGUGAGACCAGUGACAGUGACUGAACACAUACACAUACACACACACACACACACACAAAUGUAACGUAUCCUUGCAGGUGUUGUAGAGCAUAUGUUUCACUAUCAAGAGCCUGAGCCUCCAUCACAGAACACAAAAACCAGUGCCAGUAGCAGAGAGUGGGGGAACAAAUCCUCUACAGCGGCCCUAAGACACAAACACUCAUGCACACUUAGCCGUAUUUAAUCUGACAUGUAAAAUAUUGUAUUUAAGAGAAUGGAAAAGAAGGUUAUUAAUAAUGUCGUUUUGGAAAAUAUGCUAUGUUCAGAAUCAGAAAUGGAAAUAUUCUUGGUAAGUGGUCAAUAUGUUGAACACCAGAUGAGAUAAUGGUUUACAGACUCUUAAAGUGAGCGUAGUAUCGCAUAGACAAACCACAUCUCCCGUUGAUUCUUGCACAUGUGGUUUUACAUUUGAACAGGGCAUGUAGUGACCAUUCAAAUGCACACAGUUGGUAUGGCUGUUCAUUCCAACAAUCAAGCACAUCAUCCCCCCCCCCCCCAAAAAAAAAAAAAGCCCUGUCAUUUGCCAGUGGGGCACCAAGAGAGACAGUUUGAACCCGUUUCAAUGUUAUUUAUUCUGCGGACUCCUUAUUAACAAGGUCAACGAGCCUGUUUUAUCAUGGACUACUUCUAAUCACUCCGACAACACAAGACAUUUCUUGUGUGAUCCUUUGUUCUGUUGUUGUCUGUAUUCAUCAUGUCUCCUGUUUAUAUGAUUUUUGUAAACUGCGUCAGUGUCACACAGGCCUCUGGUCAACCAAUAAUGAGGACUUAAACUGAAACACA